AUGACCUGUUAUUACAUGUGGUUUGAAAUCAUAAACGCAAAGGCAAAUCAUGCUAUAUACAGUAUGUCCGAUUCACGGAUACUGAAACUAAAGAGUUUCAUAGAAUUUUUAUUGGAUUGGAAAAAAGAUGUUAAAGAAAAUCAUCGUGGGGAAAAUAAGCGAUUAAUGGCUAGUCCCACACUGAUUGGUCUAAUAUUUACGACCAGAAAUUUUAUAGCCCUAGUACAGCGUCUUUUGAAGACCAAUCGCUACAUUUGUCCAGGAUCUUUUACUCAAGAACCCCUCGAAGCACUUUUUGGAAACAUUCGUGAAAUGGGCAGACGAAUGCAAGACCCAGAUAUACAUCAGUUUGGAUAUUCUGUUGCACACUAUACCCAAAGAAAAGUUAUCAAAAAAAUUAAAGGUGGGAACACCACAUUCGGAACCAAAAAUAUGUGGACCACUGUAUGUGAUGCUAAAACCCCCAAAGGAAAAAGGGGGAUUUUUUUUUCUUUCCCGUUUUUUAGCUGCAGGUCGUUUUUAUAA